UAGUAGUAGUAAGUAAUAGUAAUACUAAAAAAACCAAAUCCAGUCAGUAGUAAUAGUAAAGUAAUAGCAUUCUCUGUGGUUAGUAAAAUCGUUUUACAGGUUUGUUUAUUUUGAUGUCUGAAAGUGAAUUAUUCCAGCUGCCUGAUGGCUUUAGAGAGGCCUUUGAAGAUAAAGUCAAAUAUCAUGUGAACCGGAUGAAUAAGACAGUUUUGAAAGCGACUCAAAAAGACGCUUUUGACUGUGCCGCAGCAUGCUGUGAUACUCCGUUUACUAGAAGCACUGACUUUCAUGACUGCACGGAGAUUUGUGCGGCCAGAAUGCAUGAUCAAAAAGACUACGCUAACGGAAUAAUCAGUCAAUUAAGAGUCAGUCUUCACCAUUGCACCGUGUCUUGUAAAGAGGACGCUACGAAAAUAUACAAACAAGGGAAGUGCCCACAAGCCAUUGAUGUGUUUGCCAAGUGUGCUCUUACGUGUGUUCAAGAUCAUUUGUUCCGACUUCCUCAGGUCGUAGAAGAGAUUGUGGAACAAAUGCAACUCCGUUACGUCAAAUUUAAUCCAGAUGUUCCUAACUGAUAUAAUCAAUACAACAUUGGGAACAAAGAAAGUAUUUGAUUAAAUGACCAAUUUAAGAAACUGUGAUGGUGGUAUAGUUUUUGUACAUGUAUUAUGCUAGUCUUCACAGAUUUAAUUUCAGUAUUUAACACAAGAUUUAAGAGGGUCAUCUAAAAUUUAUGUUGGUAGUUCCAGGAAUUUGCUUCUUUUUUGGCCACCAUAUACACUAGUUGUUCAGAAAAUAUUUUAUGUUGGUGUACCUCGCUUAACAAUAUUUUGUCACUAUUUCAAACAUUAACUUUCUGAAUAUAAAACAGAUAACAGAUACCUAAGAAUUUUACAAGUUGGCCCGGCACUGUCAUCAUAUUUGUAGGUAUGAUAAUACAUAGGUAGGCUAUACAAAUCUUUACUGAACACUACUAAUUAAUUACAGUAUUUAAUUG